GACCAAGAAUCUCUUUCUGCUCAGUGAUAGUCGCUCGUGCUAACUCGCUUGUAGAUGAGUAAAAUGGCCAAAAACAAACAAUAGCAGAUAGCGCGUAGCGGAAAAAAAAUGGAGCCUAUAGUUCGAAAUGAAUGGAACCAUUGUCUUUCGUGCGAAAAAAACGCUCUAAAUCAUAUUUACAUAAUUCAUGUUUGUUUUGUUGAUGCUGACCAGUGUUAGCGAUUGUGCGUUGCAAUUCCUAUACUGGCCAAAGGGGCGCUGUUUUUCCGCCCACAUUGUUGGUGGCUGCUCUGUGGAGCGAGGCGCCAGAGGAAAAUGGCGGACGGUGUGGAUCACAUCGAUAUCUACGCCGACGUCGAGGAGGAGUUCAGCCAGGAAGCCGACUACCCCGUUCACGAGCAGAUCGACCUGUACGACGAUGUGAUCUCCCCGUCAGCUAAUAAUGGCGACGCGCCAGAGGAUCGUGACUACUUGGACUCGCUGCCCCCCCAGGGGGGCUCUGACGGAGGCAAGGCCGCUCCGCCCAAUGUUGUGUACACCUACUCCGGGAAAAGGAUCGCCCUGUACAUUGGGAACCUCACAUGGUGGACAACAGAUGAGGACCUGACGGAAGCGAUUCGCUCAAUAGGCAUCACAGAUGUGUUGGAAAUCAAGUUCUUUGAAAACAGAGCCAACGGGCAAUCCAAAGGGUUUGCCCUGGUGUGUGUGGGCUCGGAGGGCUCAUCUCGGAAGCUGAUGGAGCUUUUGUCCAAGAGGGAGUUGCACGGUCAGAAUCCCAUCGUGGCGCCGUGCAACAAGCAGUCUCUCAGUCAAUUUGAGAUGCAGUCCCGUAAAAGUAAGCACAGUACGCAGUCGGGCCAGAUGUCGGGUGAAGGGAAAGCCGGGCCUCCGGGCGGAGGGCGCGCCGGGUUUCCGAUGGGCAGCAGAGGAAGUCGAGGCAGGUUUCCUGGACCACCCAGCGGCCCCGGAGGAGACCGCUUCCCGGGUGGUGUUGGGCCCGGCGGGCCGCCGCCUCACUUCCCUGGCUCAGGGAUGAGACCUGAUCUGAUUCGUCACCAAGAUGGCCACCUGGAUCUGAAUUUCAAUCCCGGGAGCUGGCGUGACAGAGGUGGGAUCCAGGGACCCCCACGUCCCCCUCCCGGCCCCCCUGGCCCACCAGGACCACCUCCCGGCCAGGGCCUCCCCCUACCCCUCGGUCCUCCCAACCGUGGGGACAGGCCGCCUCCCCCCGUUCUCUUCCCUGGUCAGUUUGGUCAGCCGCCAUUAGGACCCCUGCCUCCGGGGCCCCCGCCUCCCGGCUACGGUCCACCUCCCGGACCGCCUCCGCCCCAGCAAGGCCCUCCGCCUCCAGGACCCUUCCCGCCGCGUCCCCCUGGCCCCAUCGGGCCCCCCUUGGCUCUGGCUCCGCCUCCUCAUUUGGGAGGUCCUCCUCCUGGCGGGCCGCCGCCUGCUCCCCAUGUCAAUCCCGCCUUCUUCCCCCCGCCGGGUGGCAAUAACAUGCCCCCCAAUGACAGCAGGGGUCCCCCUGGACCAAACGAUCCAUAUGGACGCCCGCCACCAUAUGAAAGAGGAGACUAUGGUCCUGGAGGCCGUGACAUGGAGUCAUCCCGGACCCCUCUGAGCGAGACGGAAUUCGAGGAGAUCAUGAACAGAAACCGAGCCAUCUCCUCCAGCGCCAUUUCCAGAGCCGUGUCCGACGCCAGCGCAGCGGACUACGGCAGCGCCAUCGAGACGUUGGUCACCGCCAUCAGUCUGAUUAAGCAGUCCAAAGUAUCGGCGGAUGACCGCUGCAAGGUCCUCAUAAGCUCGCUUCAGGACUGCCUCCACGGAAUCGAGUCCAAAAGUUACGGCUCCACCAGGUCCAGAUCUCGUUUUUUUCAUGAGCUUGAAUUCGAAUGCGACUUCUCCCCCGCCGCGUCUCAUUUCGCGCUUGAUCUUUUCGUCGCUCCCCCCCAACGCAGGCGAGAGCGUUCCAGAGAGCGCGACCACAGCCGCUCGAGGGAAAAGAGCAGACGGCACAAGUCUCGCAGUCGCGAGCGGCAUGAGGACUACUACCGCGAACGCAGUCGCGAGCGGGACCGCCACCGCGAGAGGGACCGCGACCGAGACCGCGAGAGGGAGCGGGAGAGGGAGUAUCGACACCGCUAAUGGACAAAUGAGAAGGACGUUUUGACUUUAGCGGGUAAGUGCAAGGUAAGUUUUCAAGUGGAUCCAUUUUUGCUUGCCAGUUGUCACGCGGGUGUCAUGAUGUGUCGAAGCGCCAAUAUGACGAUUGUCAGAAUUUAAAAAAAAUGUGCUUUUGCUUUAAAAAAAGGAAAUAUCUUGCAUCUAUGCAAUUGUUUUUUUUUUUGGAGGCUUAUUUUUUUGGUCUACGGGCAUAUCAGGCUGCUUAUUCAAUACAUGCAAAUUCUAAUGAGUGGCUAAAAUGAUCGAUUGGAGCAGCCGAUCAUACCAGUUGACCAAAUAGUUUCUCCAGGAGUCAAAUGUGGUUGUGUUGUGGAACGAAGCGACAUGCGACAUUUUUUUUUUAAUUCAUAUGUGACGAUAUACAGUUGUUUGCUCUUUUGAGUUGUCCUCAUUUGCAUAUGUGUUUUUUUAAUGUAUUUGAUACAUAUGAUACAAUCACCGCCUCCCCAGAUGUAAGUCAGUGGGCUACGGUUUGUGUUCUGAUGACAGCGUUUCAUUUUUAUUCAUUUUUUUAAGUUCCCCUUAGCAAGGCCAUUUAUAUAUAAAAAAAAAUAGUCACUCAUCUGCCAAAUGGGAAUCAAAUUAACAUAACUGAAUGCUCCUCGUGAUGAUGCGAUUCUUCCAUUCCGAGGUGAUUACCGUAUUUUCACGACCACAAGGCGCCUUUCAAAGUCUUCACUUCACUCCAAAAUGGACAGGGGGCGCCGAAUAGUCCGGGUCGCCUCGUGUGAAAUGCCGCCAUCUAUCCAUCCGGGGUAAAAAUGUACCUGUUUGGGCUACGGCAAGCGAUGAGGGGCAAAUAUAUUUUGACGUACAACAAAAAGAUGGCCGACAAACGCAUCCGGGCCCCACCACCUCGCCAACAUGGACGAGGUGCCGUUCACGUUCGUCAUCAACGAUGUCGAGAAGAAGGUGACCCACGCGUUAGCGAUACGCACAAUGUGGCGCACGAAGUCGGCUUUAUUGUUGCGCCUGGUUGCCAUGGUAAUGGACAGAAACAGCCGCGGUGACGUCAAUGGCGAAUGCGGCUUUGCUCAGACUGGGAGAGAGUAACGAUUGUGGAUGCUCAGGCCAGCGUGUCUGCUCGCGCCGUUCACAAAAGCUGCAAUCAUUUGUGGGGAGCCGCGCACCUCGCAAGGGGAACCUGCCGCGUUUGAUUGUGAACUUCCGAUACCGAAGAUUAGGCCUUUGAUGGAUUUGAGGUUUGAUUUAAAAAAAAAACAAUUAUAACAUGACGACAUUGUGAAAUACUUCAAUAAAGUACCACAGAGCUCAGUUUAGGUCCCGCUGCAUUUUUAAAAAUAUAAGUUAGCAUGCGUGUGACCGUAUUUUUUAAGCUAGCAUACGCCAUGUCUGCAUCUAUUAAUACAAUGUAACUCACUUUUACUACCGUGUGCCGUGUGGUCGUGAAAAUACGGUAUCUGCAUUGAUACUGUCUGAUUUACUCUGCGAUUGUCAUCUAAUGUGGUGAACCGUUAAAAAAAAAAAAAGACCCGACAGUACAAAAUUGAACAUGUCCUGGUUUUUAUCAUAAAUUCCCGUGAUUGGCUCACCCUGACCAAUUUGUGUCUUGUGAAAGUAUUGUCUUGUUCUGUAAUGUUGAAAUCUAUAUUUCUUGGUGGGGCGAACAGUAUUUGUAAAAACGUUAUGUAUAUUCAUUCCCCCGUGUUGGUUCUGGAACUUUUUUUUUUGUUUUAUUUAAUGCCGAACUGGAGCCAGUUCACUGUCCAAAGAAUGUAGUCAGUAAGUUACGCCGCUUUCAUGUGCUCUGAACAUUCUUGCCCGGCGUGGCGUUAACUUGAUUCAUUCAUCUCGGUUCUGCCAGCUCGCUUUUUCCUGAAAAGUCUGGCUUUGUGUCCACUGAGAACCUCUUGCACAACACAACAACAACAAAAAAAUAAUUCAGUUCAGAAAGGAGCCGCAAAGUGUCGUCCGUUUGGGUUCUUGACAUUCAGUCGGGGGCGUAAGUACUUGGAACUGGCACCAUUGAUCUGUUGGAUGAGAGAUUCCCAGUGGACACGAGGUCAUGCACAUAUUUUUAAUGGGUUUUUUUUUUUUUAAAUGAUGUGUGUUGGGUAAAUAGUGAAUUCAUAUCGACGUCCCUGCCGCAGUUACAGAGGAAACGCUCCAAAAUGGUUCUUGUUUGUUGACCAAAUUUAGUGCCGUCUUUGUUCAUUCGGGUGUCCACUGUUUCCACGCUGUUCUGCAAUGUCCUCCCUGUGACGCAAGCACGGACGCCGUUCGCUUUGACAUUGACAUGUACAAUUGUGGAAAAAAAAAUGUUUUUUUUAAUCAGCUAAGCAAGGUUCAAAAGCAGUCUGGGCGCUUUUUGUCAUCGACAACCAUUCAUUUUGAGCCAGUUGCAUCACAGGGACGGACGGCGCUGACUAUUGUCUGGAUUCAGCUUUUUGAAACAGUUUUAAUAGUGCUGUGAAACAGGAUGUGACAUGGUUUUGACUGACCUUGUGGGUGACCUCUGUGCGUGUGCGCGCGUGUCCAUUUUGAAAGGAAUAUUUAGAAACCUGACGGGGCGGGGCGCAUUGAUAAUACUGAAGUCAAGGAGUGAUGUAGGGCUGAGCAACAUGAGACGACAAAAGUCUGUAAAGUCACAUUUUUAUUUUAUUUCUAUAUAUAUUUUUGUAAAAAGUUGCUCUGGUUGAUUGCACGGUCGUGGGGUGUGUAGUCCAAGCCGCUGGAGUUAACGAUAAAGUCUUUUUGGGGGUGCUGUCAUUUUUGGAUCAUGUCAAGCUACGGUCACGAUCAUCAACGCCGUAACUUUUCAUUUUUUCUUUACCUGUAAAAACAUUUCAAAAUAUUUCAUUCGGCUUCACGAUUGUGUUCCCGCUUGAUGUGGAUUCUUUCCCCCCAAAUUUCCACUUUGAUGACCUUGUUUAAACCCUGAAAUAGGCUCAAAAAGUUCAAGGGGGCCCAAAUAUUGUUGUAAGCCACUGGACGGCCAUGUCGGGGUUGCGCCCGGCACACUUUUUAAUUUAUUAACCCUUUCGGGGACAGUGGUUACUACAGUUUAUAUAUUUUUUUAUUGCAUUUACUCGCUAUUCCCGGUCAGUUGGAUUUUGUUGGCCUCACGUGUGCAUGUCCGCUAAAAAAAAAAAAAAAAAAAAUGUUCAUCGCAAAUAUGUGUCGUAUUGGAGCUGUAUGGUGAAGGGAGAGAGUGUUGACCAUUGCGCUGCCUCGAGACCAAACUCCACCCUCCAUUUUGACACCUUUCAGCUCACUAACACCAAUGGACGGAUGGACAAAAGGAGGACGGACUUCAGCCCCUCGCCCCACCACCACCACCACCACCUGCAUGAGUGGACACAGCGCCGCCUCUUCGUCGUCGUCCUCCACCGCCAUCCUUCCAUCUCCUCUGCCCAUUCUUCCCUCUUGUCUGUUCAUCUAGUGUGCAGACUGGAUGGAGGACAACCCCCUUCCGCCGCCACCUCCCCUCCCCUUCCCCUUCUCGUGUGUCAGGCUAUCCCAAACGUCAACUCAUGGUAAUUGGAAAAUCUUUCCCACUCAGCUCUUUUUUUUUUUUAUGGCGUUUUAUUUUUGUGAUUGUUUUUCUCUCUGUCUCGUCUCUCUCGACAAACAAUGAAAUGGUCCACCUUUCCUUUUUAACUUAGCGCUAACAUCCUUUGGUUUGUUUUCCCGCGCGCCGUCCUUGCGUGCGCUCGGUUGAGAGAGGAGUUUUUAUAAUAGGAUACAUGUCUGCUGUCUUCCCCCACCCCACUUCCUUUUUCCAUCGUUCACUCCUUUCCCCCCCCCCCCCCCCCCUCCAGCCGUGCUUAGAAUGUUUGUACAUGUCUCUGCUUUUGAUUAAGACUAGAUGGUGUAAUAAAACAUGUUUACUGAGGUA